GGCUAUUAAUUUAAAGAGUUUCUACUGUAGUUUUAUUGGAUCUUUGAUCCAACUUAUAUACGUUUUUGUUACGUUAAAUGGAGAAAAUCAACAAGAAGAGGAAACGGCAGGCUAACAACCAGAAGAACAUAUCAAACUAUAAGAAGAUAGAGCCAAUUACUCCACCUGCUCCUUAUGUUAUUGUUGUUCAUGGACCUCCCAAGGUUGGGAAAUCCUUGUUGAUCAAAUCUCUAGUAAAGCAUUAUACCAACCAUAAUCUUACCGAUGACACCACCCCAGGCCCCAUUACGAUUGUCGUCGGCUCAGGCGAAGAACAAAGACGGAUACAGUUUGUGGAGUGUCCUAACAAUGUCAAUGGCAUGAUUGAUGCUUCAAAGUAUGCCGACGCAAUCAUACUGCUCAUCGACGUGAGUUAUGGGUUUGAAAUGGAAACACUCGAGUUUGUUAACCUUUUAAAAGUUCACGGCAUGCCCAAGCUUAUUGGGGUGUUUACAAAUCUUGACUGCUUUUUAAAUAAAGAUGUAAAGAUUGAAGAAAUGCGAACAGCGCGUUUCAAAAAACUUUUUAGGAAUGAAAUACAUGAAGAAGCACAAAUAUUCUGCUUAUCUGCUUCAGAUGAAGAUGAAAAGAUGUAUCUGGAGAUUGAUAUUUCCAAACUGGCAAGCUUCAUAUUGGGUAUGGAAUUCCAUCCUAUGUCAUGGCGAGCUGCAAAUCCUUAUGUGCUGGUAGAUUGUUUUGAAGAUGUCACUCCUACAGAAAGAUUGCACUUGGAUAAAAACUGCGGUAGAAAAAAGAAACCGAGGUGCAUAUUGCCGGCGUCGGUGACUUCCCUUUAGCUGGCGUGGCAAGUGUAGCUGAACCUCGCCCAUUACCGCAUAUUGAUGAUCCAAAGAUCGAUAUACCCGAACAUCUUGAUGAGGAAACUCACAUGAAGAAAGAGAUUAUCAGAGUAGGGGCUUAUCUAAAGUUUAAGAUCUGCGAUGUUCCUUGUGAGAUGGUUAAUAAUCGUGAUCCAUGUCAUCCUAUUCUCGUUGGAGGUAUCAGCCAUGCAGAAAAAACUGUCGAACGUAUCUUGGCGAGAUUUGAGAGACACAGUUUGUAUAUGAAAUCAUUGAGGACAAAUGAUCCUAUCAUUGUUUCAGUUGGAUGGAGAAGGUAUGUGACGAUACCUAUCUAUGCCACAGAAGACUUGCAUGAAACUCUCGAAUUCACCCCUGAAGACAAGCCGUGUUGUGCAACGUUUUGGGGCCCUUUUGAAACUCCUGGAACUGGAGUUGUUGCUGUACAGAGUCUGGCAGAUAGCAAGGCAGCUUUUCGCAUUCAAGCAACCGGUGCAGUACUCGGUUUUACCAAUGCCCCAUAUUGUGACAUCAACGAGGAUCAUAGCUUAUUCAACCCAUUAAUGACAUCCCUGGAACCAAGCGACCGUGUUUGGACAGAUGACACGAAGGAAAGCGAGAAAAGUAAAGCACACGUGGUGUGGGGUUCUCGGGAAAGAAAGAUAGCAGACGAGGAUCUGAGAAAAAAGAUGUCAACGAUACUAGAGGAUAAGCUCAAGCUUACUUGUCAGAAGCGGAAGACGGAUGAACCAUGGCGUGCUGUGAUAAUUCUCGAACGUAUGCAUUUUGCUAACAGGGCGGAGUUUCUUGAGGCGUACCAGAAAAAGAAGGAGCAGGAUAUUCGUAACAAUAUAACUCGUGGGAUGCCUACUAGAUUUUUCGAGAGAAAGACAGGGAAUAUAGCUGUUGCCAAUUGAGGACCAGGAAGGAAGAAAGAAAGAAAUAUGGAGGGAACAUUGCUGUUGCGAACUAGUUUAAAAUUGGCCUGUGGAUCUGGCAUUAAAAUCUGUAUUUAAGCGAUCCCUUUGCUUACUUGCCACAAAUGGGUUUAAAGUUUAGUAUGGUUUAACCACAAUCAAGUUCUAUGUUUUGAUUUGAAA